AUGGCAAUAAGAGUUGUGGAAAAUGAUCCACACAGGGCUCCGGUAACAGUUAAAGCGUAUGCACCACCACUUCCAUUCCCCCAAAGACUUCGAAAAAAGUCGAUGGAGCAAAAUAUUCAAGCUAGAACUAUAAGGAGUGGGGUGCAAUUACCAGAGAUUACUGCUGAAAAACCAGAAAGGAAAGAUGAGCAGAAAAAACAGUCACGGCGUGCUAGUGUAAAUCUAAUGCCAUAUUCUGUUUACAGGAAAUUGAGACUGGGUAAAGUCAAAUCAACAUCAAUAACGCCGCAACUAGCUGAUAGAACAAUUUCAAAGCCACGUGGCAAAGUUGAGGAUGUACUCAUAAAAGCAAGAAAUUUGAUAUUCCCUGUGGACUUCAUUGUGCUGGACAUACUAGAAGAUCGAGACAUUCCAGUUAUAUUGGGCCGACCAUUCUUAGCAACGAGACGAACACUAAUCGAUAUGGAGAAGGGUGAGCUAAUACUGAGGGUGGAGGGAGGACAAGCAAGACAUAUUCAAUAUGAACAACCUCCCAACAUCAAAAGUUGUUGUAGAAUUGAUGAAGAAGAUCUCCCGGAUCAACGAAGCUGUCAGAAAAAAAAUUAA